AGGACAGAGACAUAAGGACAGAGACAUAAGGACAGAGACAUAAGGACAAACAAUGAAUAUUUGGACACUCUGCGCCGAUGAUAAAAGGGAUCAGAUAGCUAAGCUCCUCGAAUCAGGAACAUCACCAAACAUCAAAGACCCAAAUGGCUACACCCCAUUGCACGCUGCUGCCUCUUACAACCAUGGAGAUCUCCUGAGGCUGCUGGUAGAUAAGGGUGGUGAUGUCAACAUCCAAGAUAACGAUGGUGAUACUCCCUUGCACCAUGUUGAGGAUUUAGAGAUGUGUAAACUGUUGAUAGAAUUGGGAGCCGACUGGAAGAUAAGGAACUUGGAGGGCCAAACAGCAAAGGAGAUGAUUGAGGAGGAUGGUGAAUUCAUGGACGUGGUCAACUACCUCCAAUCAUUGAUACAUGGUGCUGACGCACCAGUGGAAGAGAAAGAUGAGCAAUUGAAACUACCAGAGGGUCAGCAAUUACGCUACGAAUACCAGAACCCAGGUGAUAUAGAGAUUGCCAUUGAUGAAGAACAGAGACAGGAGCUUAGAAGGAUAGUGGAGGGUGAAAAUCCAGAGGAAAAACUGAAGGAUUUCCUCACAAAACAAGUCCAUGAGCAGUUCUACAACGGUGAAGGCAGUGAUGCAAAGAGAGAGAGAAAAGAGUAGACACACAAUUUUGUUUAUCAAAUUAUUUGUAGUAUAAGCAGUGUAGGAAAGAAUUACAUGAUAACACAG